AUGAAAGUGCUUCUCGGCCUCCUGUUGGCCUCUUUAGUAGCAUCCCAAAGCUCGGAAGGUCGUGAUGAGAAAUAUACAUACAAGCAAUUGUGCAUUGUAGAUGAUAAGCCACAAGUUCUUGAUGGAUUUGACUGCCGUAAUCAAGUUGCAGUGGCCAGAUGGCAAAAUGCUGUAAACACAACUGGAUGGACCUUCCUUGAAGUGGAGACCAAGGAGAACUACUGCCCACAACUCCAAGCUUACUCUGCUGGAUAUCUUGAGGGACUCCUCUCCAAAACCGUUCUUUCAUACCAUUUGAAAAACGCUCAAGAGGAUUACUGUAAGAACUUCACUGGAUACUGCUCCAGACUCUCCGAUUUCCUUGUCGAGAACCAAAAAUGGAUUCAAACUACAUUGGAGACAGUCGCUCCGGAUGAUCUCUACUGGGGAGCCGUCAACAGAACCUACCACCAACUCUCCGGAAUGAUUGAUGCUUAUGAAGGACGCGAGUUCAAGCCAAGAGUCACCUAUGAGCUUCACCCAAUCUUGUAUCUGAACUUGAACGGAGAUUUCUACGAUUUGGAGAAGAAAUUGAACAAGACCAGAGACCCGGCUCUUGACCAAACUGGAGGAAAAUGCUCCGGACUUAUCAAGGUUGCUCCAGGAAACGCGGAUCUCUUUAUUUCUCAAGUCACCAUGUCUGGAUUCCAAAACAUGCUCAGAAUCAUCAAGCUUUACAAGUUCGGUUAUGACCGUCAAUUCUAUCCUGGAUACGGAUCAUCGUUCUCUUCCUACCCAGGACUUUUGUACUCUUCUGAUGACUUUGCACUUCAAACUUCUGGAUUGGCUGUCAUCGAAACCACUAUCAGUGUCUUCAACACUUCUCUUUUCGAGAAUACCAAACCAGUCGGUCAACUUCCAACCUGGGUGAGAGCCAUUAUCUCCAACCAACUUGCUCGUGACGCUAGAGAAUGGUGCAAACUGUAUGCUAUGUACAACUCGGGAACUUACAACAACCAAUGGGCUGUUUUGGAUUACAAGAAGUUCACACCAAACAAGCCACUUGCCAAGUAUGGACUCUUCUACGUCCUUGAGCAGAUGCCAGGAAAAAUUGUGUACUCCGAUUUGACAUGGUUCAUUGAGAAGUACUCUUACUUCCCAUCCUACAACAUUCCAUUUUUCAAGGAGAUCACUGAAAUCUCUGGAUUCAUCGGACAAGCUGCCAAACUCGGUGACUGGUUCAAGUGGGGAGCCUCACCAAGAGCAAAGAUCUUUGAGCGUGACCACAUCAAGGUUCAUGAUUUGGACACCCUCACCGCUCUCAUGAGAUACAAUGACUACCAGAACGACGAGUUCUCCAAGUGCAAGUGCAACCCACCGUACUCUGCCGAAGCUGGAAUUUCUGCUCGUGGAGAUUUGAAUCCAGCCAAUGGAACUUACGAAUUCCCAGGACAAGGACACGUUAACCAUGGAGCUUUGGAUUAUAAGGGAACCAAUGUUGAGUUGAUGAAGAAACUUCAAUUCGUUGCUCAAGGAGGACCAACAUGGGGAAAAGUUCCAUCGUUCAAGUGGUCUGAGUUUGACUUUAAGGACAAAGUCAGCCAUGUAGGACACCCAGAUGAGUGGAAAUUCAACACUUUGAUUCACAAAUGGGAAACCGAAAUCUUCUGA